GAUGACAAUAAUAGAUUUUCUAAAUUAGAAAAACUUUUAGACAAAAGCAAAUUUUAUAGUGAUUUCUUACUUGCCAAAUUAAACAGUGCGGCUCCUACAAGCCCAUUGAUAAGAAUGGAUGAAAAUAAGCCUUCCAAUAAGCGAAAAUCCCAUUCAAGAAAUUCUAAAGGGACAAAAACUCAAUACUCUCCUACUACACAUACAUUUAAAUAUCAUAGCAAAUUUUUUACUGGUGGCCAAUUGAAAGAUUACCAAAUGCAAGGUGUUGAAUGGCUCAUUAUUUUAUACGAAAAUGGGAUAAACGGAAUAUUGGGCGACGAAAUGGGCUUGGGUAAAACGGUUCAAUGCUUAGCUUUUCUAUCCCAUCUGAUCGAGAACAAAGUCAAAGGGCCUUAUUUGAUUAUCGCCCCUUUAUCCACCAUCCCUAAUUGGAUAAAGGAAUUCGAAAGAUUCACGCCAAAAAUUACCGUUAUUUUAUACCAUGGUUCCGGUCCUGACAGGCAAGAUUUGCAACCACUUUUCGACAAAAGGAAUCAAGCCACGCAAAGCCUCCCCGUAGUAGUCACUUCCUACGACAUCGCCAUCAGGGAUAAAGCGUUUUUGAAUCGGUUUCAUUGGAGCUACCUCAUCAUCGACGAAGGCCACCGAAUCAAGAAUUAUAAAUGCAUGUUGUUUAGGGUGCUCAAAGGUUUUCAUUCCGCCAAUCGACUUUUAUUGACCGGAACCCCUUUGCAAAACAAUUUGGGCGAAUUAUGGUCAUUGCUCAACUUUCUAGUCCCCGAAAUUUUCGACGAUUUGUCAGUUUUUAUGUCUUGGUUUGACAUCUCCGAAAUGUGCCAAAACUUGAAGGAUGACAACCCCGACGGCAUAGUCAUCAAAAAGAGGGAAGAAAAAUUCGUUAAUAUGCUUCACCAAAUUUUAGCGCCAUUUUUAUUGAGGCGGAUGAAGAGCGAUGUCGAUUUCAACAUUCCCCCUAAGAAGGAGAUUCUAGUCUAUUCACCCCUCUCCGAUUUUUUCCAGGCUCAACUCUACAAGGCUAUACUGGAGAAAGAUAUCAGUGACCAAGUCCGCAAGAUGAGAACAUUCUUGUCUGGGCUCAAAAUAUCUAGUCCAAAAAGAAAUACCUCACAUUCCGACAUUGAUACUAACGAUGAAGAUUCCUUAAAAUCUACACCUCCUAAAAUUCAUAAACGGUUGUCUUCCCAAAAGGUGGAUUUUUCAAAAAUACAUCAAAUCGAAACGACUAAAUCUAUCGCUGAUUGGGAGAAUUUAGUCACGGAUUAUAGAAAAGAUAUGGAUGAUACACAAAACUUAGCCGACAAUCGCAAUUCGUCCAAUAGCCAUCCUAGCGACAAUAUUAACGGUUCUAUCAGCGUAAUAACCUUGACCAAUAUUUACAUGAAGCUAAGGAAAUGCUGUAACCAUCCUUACCUAGUGGAUGCCAAAUUUCUCUAUCCAAUAGACGAAAAUAUGAUUAAAGUAUCGGGCAAAAUGAUGAUACUAGAUCAACUCCUAUCCCGACUCAUUAAAGCUGGACAUAAGGUUCUCAUUUUUUCACAAAUGACAUCGAUGCUAGACAUUUUAGAGGACUAUUGCGAUUUUAGGCGCCUCAACUACGCCAGGCUCGACGGCACAACGGCUCUAGAAAAACGCAAAGAGGAUAUCGAAGCGUUUCAAUCGGCGGAACACGGUGACGAAAAAAAGCCCGCAAAAGGAAAAAGGCGUUCGGGGGAAAGUACGACAAAAGACCAACACAAAGAAAACCCGGAAAAGAUAAACGUCUACCUUAUAAGCACUAGAGCCGGCGGCCUAGGCAUUAAUCUUAGCGCGGCUAAUUGCGUUAUUAUAUACGAUAGCGAUUGGAAUCCACAGUCGGACCUGCAAGCCCAAGACAGGUGUCACAGAAUAGGUCAAAAUGACCCUGUCGUGGUUUAUAGGCUUGUGACCGAAAACACCAUCGAUCAGCUUAUGGUAGAUAGAGCAUUCGCCAAGAAGAAGCUGGAAAAAAUGGUCAUUCCCAAAGAAAAAUUUAGAGAUAGUCGCAAGAAUUUAACCCUUUCCGAAAAUAACGUCCCAUUCACCAUAAAAGAGAUGAUAGACAUGUUGAAGGCCAAAGAAUAUCAAUCCUUAUACAAAACGAGUACCAAAGACGGGCACCUAAAUAACAAUCAUCACGCCUCUAACAACAAACGGCGCAGAACAUCGAAGGGGAGUGACGAAGAGUUUGAUAUGAAACUUACGGAGGCCGAAUUGAAAUCACUCCUGGAUUGGAAAUCCCUAUUUCCGGAAUAUUACAAAAAAAAUCUUGACCAAUCACGUUCUCCCGAUAAAACUUUCCAAAAUGGUGACACCGAUGACCAUAGCAAAAGAAGCCCCCAAAAAGCUGUCACCAGGAGUGUCUUUAAAGUCAUACAUAACGAAAAGUGAAAACGAUGAUAACUUACAAUAAUCAAUUCUCAAAUACCUUUAUCCAUAAAAUGAGAUCUCACUUCUUUUUUUUGUAAAACAAAUACGAUAUUUUUUUGCAUAUAAUAGGGAUAUUUUUAAUUGUUAAAAAGCCCGAUUCGAGUCUAUUUUUUUUUAAUAACGACGCAAUUAAGUUAUUAACUAAAUUAAUAUUGUGAAAGACUAGAGAUAUUGCUUAUGGAUAGCAGAAAG